AUGCUUCACAGGCUCUUUGUGAGCGGGGCAGAUCUGCGAGGCUGCCAUGCGGCACUGUCUAGCACGCUCACGCAGCGUAGGUACUGGGCAAAGCCAAAGAAGCGCCCGAAGGUCGGUCAGGGGUUUCAUGAAAAGGCACAAAAGUGGCGUGAGGAGUAUCUGCUUGACAGGCACCGCGUUCUGGCUGAUAGUCUUCGGGCCUACGUGGAGUUUAGUGCUUCGAAGCGGACAGAGCCAUGGGACACUCGCUUUAGACCCUUUGACCGUGUGGAGAAGGAUGGUGUGUACGUGCUCAUGCGGCACUUAAUGGAGGACAAGUUUCAACUGUGCAACUACCAUCACCGCCCCGUGAAGCGAUUGUUUUGCAACGUUGGGCUUUUGGGGCCGCAGGUCUCGACGAAGGCGCGUUGGAAGCCGUAUCGUUAUGCUGCAAAUCCUGCGAAUGCUGUAAAGGCGGAGAGAAUUUUUCAGAAGGACAAAACUCUCUGUACGCAUGGUCACAAUGAUUAG